AUGCAUACUUUCGUUAUUACUACGCUCUCUAUUUGGGCAACUUUGACCCUUGCGGCCAGCCCCGGCUCCUGGGAGCCACCAAAGCUCGCAAUUACCACGGAUGAAAUGACCAAAGAGAUACAACAAAGUUACAUUGGUCCUGCAGGCACCGGUAACGAUCGACUAUUCCAGGACCGCGAGGUUAUUGAAGAGGCAUCUUGCUUUCGGCACGUUUUCAGUUGCCAGACAUCAAAGUUCUUCAAACGCCGUUGGCUAAGCGAGGUACAAAGCGUCGAAGUCACGCCGCUGGCGAAGAUUCAGAAAGAGGUUAAGAACGAGAACGAGGACGCCAUCGACGUCACUUUAUUAGAAUCAACUGCUAUUGCGAGCGGGGUAACGCAAGGAUGGACCUACUCGGGCAGCGCGACUGUCAAAAUACCAAUCAAGGCCGUCGAUGUUAGUUUGACUGGCGGCUCCACGUACACGGACACCGUCACUAAAACAACAACGGAAACAACGGGCGCAAACACAAUGAUGAAAUGCGGAGCCAAGAAGUUCUGCAGACUCUCGGCAAUAUCUUUUCAAGUCACUCUAACCGGUAAAUGCGAAGUGGAACCCAUGGUGCUCUGCGGAGAAGACAAGCCUCUUGAAAUCUGCUAUGAUUUUAUGGGUCCUUCUUGCGAACAACGUUAUGCAUACUGGAGAAGGAAUUGCGUUGUUUCGCAUGCCCCAGAUUGGUCGCAAGCCGAGUAUCUUCAACAUACGAACCGAGUUCCGUGUAAUAUCACCGUGCCGGCUCGCUAUGCGGAUGGAAGUUUGCGUAGCUAUGUUCACGGCAGUCAGAAAGACCUCAAUAUCGCAGACCAGGCCGCGAAUGGCCGGAAAUUUUGA